AUGGAGGCAAGAAUGGACUAAAAUGUUUAUAAUGGCACAGAGAGUCAAGAAGACUUAAAGGACGAUAAUUUUUUUUUUGAGACUGAGGAUUUAAGCAAUAAUCCAACAGAUGAAAAUAUGGCUUAUACUAAAAACCUGCAAACUUAACCCUUAGAAAAUAGUCAAGAUAACUUGAAUGUUGACGGGUUGUAUCAUCAUGAUAAAAAUUAAACUAAGAAUGAAUUGAAGUCUGCUCUCAUUGUUGAUGCAGGAGGCCAUAGAAAAAAUUACAGCUCUCCAUCUAGCAAUAUCUCAAACAGAUCUUUCAUUUCAUAAAGAUCAUUCUUAAACAGAACUUUUGGACCAUUAGGAAAAGGGUCCCUUAGAGGAAGUAUGUUUUAACUUAGUGCAGCAGCAAUAGGUUCAGGUGUUUUAUCACUUCCAUUUGUGAUUGCUAAAAGUGGAUUUAUACUUGGAUCACUGAUGAUAAUUAUUGCAUGUAUUGCUGCAAUCAUAAGUCUUUUAAUGCUAGCUAAAUGCACUGAGUAAAUAGGUGCUCCAAGUUACACUUAUCUUAUUAGAAAAGUAAUAGCUAGAAAUGUAGACAAGCAUAUUGUGUGGCUUAUAUUCUUUGGUACGGUUGGAUCUAGUGUGUCCUAUUAGAUUAUUAUAACCUAAAUGAUAUAAGUUCUUGCGACUAAUGUUGGAUUUGAACCAAAAAAAAUUUAAAGUUCGGAGGUAAAAAUAGCUAUUGCGGCUUUUAUUGCUGUAUUCAUAUUAUUCCCAGUGGGUUCAAUGAGAAAAAUGAGUGGAUUUAGAUACAUUAGUAUCCUCUCUAUUGCAUCAUUAGUUUAUAUUAUGUUCGUACUAUUAUUUGAAUUACCUUAAUAUGCUACACAAAAUUUUAGAUAUGAGAAGCUGAACUAUUUCAAACUAGAUUGGGAUUUAUUUUCAAAUUUCUCAAUAGCAUUUUUUGCUUUUUCUUGUCAUAUUGAAUUCAUUCCUAUAUAUGAUGAAAUGAAUGAAUAAAAUCCAUAAAAAGUCAGGAAACUUGUUUAUCGUAGUGUAGGAACAAACACUUUGUUCUUUUUAUCUAUUGGCUUAGCUGGAUAUUUUUCAACUUAUGAGAAGACAAACCAAAUUGUUAUUGAUAGAGAGCCUCUAAUUGGGCAACUCAUUGAUUUCCCACUUAUGAUUGGAAGAAUUAUGAUUGUUAUUGUGCUGUGCAUAGCGUUUCCUAUAAACAUGGUUCCACUUAAGCAAAUUAUGAUUCACCUUAUCUACUCAAGAAAACAUUAAAUGACUUAAGGAUAGAAUAUAUCAAUGUCAUUGGCAUUUGUAAUGCUAACUUCAGUAAUAGCUAUAAUUUAUCCUAACAUCACAGGUAUCCUAUCGAUCGUUGGUGGAAUAUGCUCUGUUACUAUUUGUUACGUAUUACCAACUAUGUGCUACAUAAAAUUGAACAAAGAAGAGCUAAGCCUUUGUAAAAAGUACAGUCUUAUUGUAUUUUUUGGCACAUUAUCUUUAGUCGGAUAUUCUUCCGUAAUAUUGAAGAUUAUAUUAUCUUUCUCAGUUUGA